AUGGGUAGUGCCUACCACUGGGAGGCUCGGCGUCGGCAGAUGGCUUUGGAACGGAGGAAGGCGCUGAUAGCGCAACAGCAGCAAGAGCAGGAAGUAAAAAAACAGGAAGAGAAGAAACAGCAUUCCGAGAAAACAUCUCAGCCACAUCAGGAUUCAAAAGGGCCUCUUCCGCCACCAGCAAAGCCACAGCCACCGCCACCGCCUGCACAGCCACAGGAGCAGGCACACCCCCAGCCACCACCUGGACCAAAGCCACCAAAGGAGCCUGACCCUCCCACACAGAGCAUUGGCAAGGACAAUCUCCAGAAGGACACCCAAAGGCAAGACCCCCAGCCUGGACCAGCGGGGGCCCAACAAGAUGGGCAGCAAGUCUGUAGACCGCGUGGACCCCCAAUCCUUCCAGGUCGUGGUCUCCCGAAUGCAUGCCAGUCUAGCUCUCCUAAAUAUUCCCGACUCACGUCGAUUAAUUACAUCCAGCAAUGGUGAUCCAGGGACUCCAGGACCUGACGGUACCGCAGAGCAAAAACAAAAGCAACCAAAAAUAAUCCAGAAAA